CCGCUCACCCGUUCUCCGAUCCUCCGUCGCGACACGCGCGCGCCUUCGAUGGACUCCCCUAAUACCUCUUCCAGCUCAAGCACCCCGCCCGCAUCCGCGCAGAAGACAGCGACGGAAGAGUCACCCGCGUUCCGGAAAUGGCUGCGCAAGGCGGCGUUCGCGACAGGCGUCGGGCUCACACCCGAAGAGCGCCAGCAGAGCGCGGAGGAGCAGAAGUACCGGAUGUGCGAGACGUGGAAGAGGGAGCUCCUGAACUACAGCCCCUCGGUCGUGUUCAUGCUCAAGCACCUGCGCCUCUCGGGGUGUGCCGUCCCACCAGAAAACAUCGUGUGUGCGCCGUGCGACGCGGCGGCGGGGCGCGCGGGUGGGUUCCACCCCGCGGGCGCGAUCGUGCUCUGCCAGGGCGGGUUCGGCGGGAAGCGGCACAUGGAGGACACGCUCACGCACGAGCUCGUGCAUAUGUACGACCACUGCGCGUUUAAGGUCGACUGGGCGGAUUUGAGGCAUCAUGCGUGUAGUGAGAUCAGAGCAAAUAGUCUCAGCGGGGACUGUAGGUUCUUUCGUGAACUUGGGCGUGGCUUCGUUGCCUUCUCGAAACAGCACCAGACGUGUGUGAGACGGCGCGCUGUGUUGUCGGUGCGAGCGAACCCGAACUGCCCAGACGAGGCGGCGGCGGAGCGGGCGGUGAACGAGGUCUGGGAGAGCUGCUUCGCUGACACCCGGCCGUUUGACGAGAUCUAUUAGCGGCUAUAUAGCCUGAGGCCACACAGCCCUUCCGGCGCGUUCCAGCAGUUUCUGCCCGUGUCCGAGACUUGGAGAGAGGCAGGCACGGUUGCAGGGAGGAGAGAAUGGCGUGCGCUUAGGGCAGGGCAGCGUUUGUUGAUGCUGUGCUAUUAUUAUACAGUCCCGAGCGGACUUGGUCGUUCUGUUUUUUGGUCGUCACUGCCGAGGUCCGGGCCUUAGAUGCCAUGUGGUCCCGCCGGUCUCGGUCUUGCACGCUGGGCGUAGUGGUGGCUAGUGGUGGUCAGCAGACUGAUAGAGGAAG